AUGAAUUAUCUUUCUCAUUCCCAGGUCACUGAGACCUAUAUGACAUCGGCUCUUUCUUUAUUCUGCGUCUGUCUUUUCAUCUUCAUUAAGUACAAUCACUUCUGGUCGCGAGAGAGGCACCUUGUAUGCUUGAUAUGUGGCUGGGGUUUGUUACAGCUGACGGCCUUAAUUCUUUUUGGUCUCGAGCACAGCAAGCGUACAAAGCUACCAGACUUACUUGCGAGGCCUCUACAUACCAUCCUGGCCACAAUGUCCAUGUGGGGAGUCGCCAUAAUCCAGAUUAUUGCGAUUAUCUAUCCAUUUGCAGUUGCAAUAAGAAAAGAACCCUGGCUGAAAUGGGUUGCAAUACUUCAGUGCGUUGAAGUAAUGUUGAUUGUAAUCUUGGCAAUGAUUCCGAACAUUUCGACUCCCGUCGAACUUGCCUACAUCGCACCACUUACUUCCCAAGCUGCAGCCAUUGGAGUCGUGUUCUUAUCUUCUAGAGGAAUACAAACGGAAAGGGUACCGAAGCAUACAGCUUAUCACUUGUUGUUCCUGGCCUUGCUCCUCGUGCUGAUUUCGGCGUUGGUGUUUGGACUGUCGCUUAUUGGGUACUACGAGAAGUUGAUUUUCCCACAAUGGCUUCUUUAUAUGAUAAUCUCGACUGUGGGCUAUCGGCUUCCAGAGAAUGAACAUCAGGGCCCUCGUCAAACAAACGGAGACUCGGAAGUCGAGCUAGUUGUCAAUUGA